AGAUUUUGCCUAUUUUGUGUAGGAACUGAAAUGUAAACAAUGGAGUUUCAGGUUUUGAAGAAAUCAAAUUAGUUUUUCUUCUACCAAUUCAAUGAACUUAUCUUUUACAGUUUCAAGUAGAAUGCUUAAAAGUCUCGAGAAUAACAAAUGGUUUGUUUCAACAUGCAAACAAACAUUGGGAAUAUCCAAGCAAGCCAAGUAAGCUGCCAAAGGAAAAUACAGAGACAAGGGAGCAUUGCAAAGAAACUCCAAAAAGAACCAAUUCAACUCUAAGAAAGUUAUGUCCUCCAUCACCAUGACUGUAUAUUCGAUGUCAUAUAUUCUAUACGCAAGUUAUCCUAAGGAGAGAAUAUAAAAGCUACACGACUGUAUCUCGAAUACUUCUUUUACACUUGUAUAAAGGAUUGCAAAUAAAUUUACUACAAACCGACUUUUUCCCAAUCUGUCAAACACCCUACUACACAUUUGUGCCUAUGUAUUGCAGGUUAUAUCGUCAGCUUUGACGAAAACUACAGAGUUGGGGAUUUCUUGUACCCAGUCUUCUAAUUUUUUGUUUGUUUGUUUGUUUAUUAACUAGUAAUCGCAAUUAUGUUUGAGGCUUUUGUAUUAAGGAAUGCUAUGUUUGUUUGUUUGUUUGGUAUUUGUUUGUUUACAUGGGGAUUUCGAAUGGUUAUAAAAGACAGCUACAGAGAGUAAAUUUCUAAAAUCAGUACACAUAUUUUUAAAGGUAUUUCUUAUACCAUUUUAUAUUUUUAUCCAAUCGUUCUUCUUGUAUACAUAUAUCCAAAACAACUUUGAAGUAUGCAUAUCCGCUGGCUCUUAGCCUUUAUCAUUAGUUCCACUUCACUGCACGGGAUGACAUUUGCUGAAAAAUCUGAACGUUUCGAUAUCGAUCAAUGGAGCGAACUCCAAAAAGGAAUUGCCAUGGGCCAUUUGCUUGACAAUGUUGGAGACAGUGGUAAGCAUGCCAAAAACAUCAAUUCCGGUUGUAUUAUCGCUUCUCCUUCCGACAACGUUCCAAAUUAUUAUUUCCAAUGGGUUCGAGACAGUGCUCUUACCAUAAUGACCGUUAUUGAUCGUUUCCUUGAAGGCGACGAAGGUCUUGAUCCGAUCAUUAUCAAGUACAUGGACGAGAUGGUCCGUUUACAAAGAGUCAAAAACCCUAGCGGUGACUUCUACAGUGGAGGUUUAGGUGAACCAAAAUUUCAUACUGAUGGCUCAAGCUAUGACGGUGAAUGGGGUCGUCCUCAAAACGACUCUCCCGCUUUGAGAGCUAUGGCCUUUAUCAAAUAUCUAAAUUAUCGAUUUGAUAACGGCAUCAAUCCUCAUGAAGUCGUUCCUUAUAUCGAAGCGGUUUUAGCAGACUUGGAUUAUACUGUCAGCGUAUGGGAGAAACCUAGUUUCGAUCUUUGGGAAGAAAUCAAAGAUGUUCACUAUUUUACAUUGACCGUCCAAAAAACCGCCUUGCAAGACGGUGCGGCAUUCGCAAAGCGCGUCGGAGCUUGGGAUCAAUCCACUCUAUAUGCAGAGACAAUACAUCCUAUUGAUCUUAAGCUUGGCGAGUUUUGGGACCAUAGUUUGGGAAUCAUUAAAGGAUACAAAAACAUCCCUAAUCGUUCUGGACUUGACUGUUCUGUUUUAUUGGCUUCUCUUUAUUCUAAAGAGUUUGACACACAUACGCUCCCUACCUUAAAGAAGCUUCAAGAGUCAAUGACCAAGGCUUACGCUAUCAAUCAAGGACACAAGCAGCUCAUCGGCCGUUAUUUGGAAGAUGUCUAUGACGGUGUUGGUACCUCCAUUGGCAAUCCCUGGUUCCUUUGUACCCACAGUGCAGCUGAAGUGAUUUAUAAGGCUAUUCAGUACUACGAUUCUUACGGCCUUCCAGAACUCACUAGUCACAAUAUACAGUUCUUCGUUGAGUUUGCUGAAUUUGGUGAUCCCUACAAUUGGCCUCUUAUCCGCAAGAACAUGAUUAAGUAUGCCGAUAAAUUUUUACAAGAUGCUGCAGAAUUCCAUGGUCCCAAUAGUAGCAUGUCUGAGCAAAUCUCUCGCGUUGAUGGUAAACAAGUAGGUGCCUUGGAUUUAACAUGGAGUUAUAGCUCUUUGUUGAACGCCAUCUACAGAAGAGAAGCUAUCAAGCACACCAAAUAACUGUAGGAAAAUGCCUUGCCUACGCUUAAACUCACUAUGGGGGGAGUAUCAUAACUAAUAAUAAUGAAUACGCAAGUCACCCUCGAAUAACGGGUAAAGGUUCAAAUUUUAAAUAGUAAAUUACAUUUUAUGAU